CUUUUUUACCUGUGCCGUAAAUGUCUCGUAGUUUUUGCCUGCUGUCAGUGUAAUAAGAAGCACAAUAUAUAUUUUGCCGCUGCAGCAGCUGUCGCGGAUUAACCCAGGUGACCGCUUAUUAGCGGGUCAGGAUUAGCGCCAAUUGCUUUGUGGGUCAACAGUUGAACAAGACACACAGCAAGAUGAAGAGCCACCUGAUGAAGCAGAAGUUCGAAGCCGAAAAGUUGUCCUAUACAAACACCUAUGGCGCCCUGGAGCUGGAGGCAGCCGUUGCGCUCCUCAUGCUGCGUUAUCAGUACGAUAUAAGUGCGGUGGGCGGCACAAGCUGCAUUGUGGCACAGACCACGCCGCCGCCGCCGCCACCGCCACCGGCAGCCGAAACGGAGAAGAGCACGCCCAAGGAGCAAGUGCGUGCCGUUGUGAAUGCCUCGUCGCAGCCGCUCAAGAAACGUCGCAUACCGCCGCAUCUGUUGCGUCGCUCCCUGACGCCGGCCAAGGCGACGCCCAGCAAUGUUGGCAACGUGACCAAGGCCAAGCUGAAGGCGGUGCCCGCGGCGGCAUGCAACAAGGCGCUGCUCAAGUCGUGCCGCAAUAUGAUACGCGAAUUCCUGGACAACCAGGAGCUGAUCUAAGCAAACACCAACAAGGCUCCCUAGGAGCUGUGCUUUCGCUUUUAUCAGUUUUGAUUUC